AUGCCGAACCUCGAUGUCAGCGAAUUGAACAUCGUGUUGAGCGUCCUUGUCCCUGCCGUCGUCAUCGGCGUCGUCCUCGGGCCCAUCGCCGCCAAGUUCCUCGACAGCUCACGAUGGGCAUCGGCCGCCGACGGCCAAACAUCGGCCAUCACGCUCGGCAUGGCCCGGGUCGUCAUCGGGGUACAGCUAGUCAUCGCGGGCUUCCAGCUGCCGGCCAAGUACCAGCAGCUGCGGUGGAAGGAGAUGGCGCUGUGCCUGCUGCCCAUCAUGACCGUCAUGUGGCUGUGCACCACACUCUGCCUUCUGGCGACGGUGCCCCGGAUCACGCUCCUCGCCGCGCUGGUCAUCGGCUCGUGCGUGACCUGCACCGACCCCAUCCUCUCGCAGGCCAUCGCCAAGGGGCCCUUCGCCGGACAAGUUCGUCGGCCGCCACCUGCGCGAGAUCAUCUCGUCCGAGGCCGGCGCCAAACGACGGCAUUUGGGUUCCCCAUUCCCUCCAUGCUCGCCGUCUACCUGAUCCGUCAUGCCGACAUCCCGGGCGCCGGAGCCGCGCAUGGCGAGGAGGCCGGGCUGGUGGCUCGCGCGGGAGAUGUGGGACGGCUCGGCGGCGGUGUUGGGGUUGCGAUGCAGAACUGGUUCGUGGAGACGUGGCUGUACAUCGUUUUGAUGUCGGUGGCUAUUGGUGCGCUGGUCGGCGGUGUCAGCAUGUUCGCCCUAAGGUUUGCGCUGCGCAAGAAGUGGGUUGAUUCGGAGAGCUACCUUCUGUACCCUACUGCCAUUGGCGUGAGCAUCCCCAUCUCUUACAUGGAUUCCACGGAGGACCGGCAUGACGAGGUCAACUCGUGCAUGGACGUUCUCCUCAACUUUGGCGGCUUCAUGUACAUCGGCACCAUCAUCCCAUGGAGCGAGUUCAACCAGCCCGACACGACCGGCCUCACCUACGGACGGCUCAUCGGCCUUGGCGUGCUUGUCUUGUUGUUCCGGCGCAUCCCAGCCAUCUUGAUGAGCUACAAGUUCAUGCCGGCGGUCUGCAAGAAUUACAAAGAGGCCCUGUUCAUGGGCUAUUUUGGUCCGAUCGGCAUUGGCGCCGUGUUCUACGUGGAGCACGCGCGUCAUCUCUUCCCGGAGCUGGGCGAGGGUGACGCCGAGGAGACGGACCUGGUCCGGGCCAUGGUGCCAGUGGUGUACUGGCUCGUGCUCUUCUCCAUCGUCGUACAUGGCCUCUCGAUCCCGGCGCUCAAUCUGAUCUACCGCCUCUGCGGCGUCAAGCCGAUCCAGGAGGACGCCGUCGAACUCCGGCGCAUGUCCACGCGCGUAGUCACGCCGGUUAAUGCCACAGUGGGUGACAGCGAUACCUUCAUCGCCUACAACCGCUUUUCGCGGCCCGUCUUUAACAAGGCGGACCUACCUCCGGUGAACGGGGUUGGUGCGGGGGACGACGAUUCCAUCGCAGAGGAGAAGACGCGCGUCCAAAGGCGGUACUCUCGCCGGGUUCAGGUUGUUUGA